AGGUAUCCAACUGUGAAGCUCGCUAUAUGUAGCCUGCCAGCCACUAGGGUAGUUAAAUAUGUUAAUGAAUCUCUUUAACCUUAUCUUGCGAGGGGAUAUGAUAACUAGCUAAGCCAAGGUCUAUGAAGAAGCACAUCCACAUCUUGGGUUUGGGCUGGUUCCCAGCAAAGACUAUCCUCCAUCUGCUGAAUGUGUCAACUAGCUAGUUACUUGUUUUGCUACCUUAUAACUUCCAUCUGCACGUUAGUGGUUGCUGCUUGCCAACUUUGAUCAGCUGAAAAUAAAUAUCUAGUUCAUGCAGAUGUUCGCUUCUUGUCAAACUAGUUGAUUCGGUUUGCUCUUGCCAUCCCCAGAAUCACCCGAGUGCAGAAGAUUAAGGAGCCGUGUCAACACUUCUGUUCAGGAUCUUUCAGUUAUCCUAAUCACUUUAUGCAGUGAGUGGAGGGGAAUAAUCGCAUCGCCCGACCAUGCUCACAUUUAAAAAAGGAAGAGCUGCCUCGUGAUUUUACCACCCUCAAGCGAGAGAGCGAGGGAGAAAUCAUCAUCAACCACAGAGCGAGAGGAGAGAUCAUCAUCAACCACAGAGCGAGAGGAGAGAUCAUCAUCAACCACAGAGCGAGAGGAGAGAUCAUCAUCAACCACAGAGCGAGAGAUCGUCAGUCACUCACGGAAACGACGCUGAGGACUCGUCACGGCAGACAGGGACAGAGAGACGUCCAUUCCCCUUUCCAGUUAGCUAGCUUCUCAAACCUCCUCGCUUCCUUCCAACGUCCCCCCGGUACUACCCGAGUUGGGCAACCGUAAUCACGCGCCUCCGCCUGGACUGACAACCCCAGAGGAAGAGGGCGAGAGGCACGGCUCCCUCGGGUCCCCACGCUUCGUGGAGAGAAUCGCUGAAAUGAGAUGAGGCUCAGAAAUGGAACGGUGGCGACUGCGAUAAUUUUCUUCACGUCGUUUCUCAGCCUGUCUUGGUACACAUCCUGGCAAAAUGGCAAAGAGAAGUUGGUAGCGUACCAGAGGGAGUUCCAUGCCCUGAAAGAGCGCCUCCGUGUGGCCGAGCAUCGGACCCUGCAGCGCUCCUCAGAGCUCAACAACAUCCUGGAGCAGUUCAGACGGGUCAUCGCUGAGACCAACGGCAGCAAGGACGCUCUCACCAACUUCUCAGAUGAGACCCAGAAGCUGCUGAAGGAGCUGGCCAGUAGGAAGCCUCUCCAGGUGCCAAACAUCUACCACCACCUGCCUCACCUGCUCAACAAUGAGGGCAGCCUGCACCCCGCUGUCCAUGUCGGCCUGGGCCGCACCGGAGUCUCCAUGGUGAUGGGUAUUCCUACCGUAAAGCGUAAAGUGAAGUCGUACCUGGCUGAGACGCUACACUCGCUCAUCAACAAGCUCUCACCUGAGGAGAAACAUGACUGUGUCAUCAUUGUCUUUGUAGGAGAGACGGACACAGAAUACGUCCAAAGCGUGGUGACCGGACUGGAGAAAGAGUUUUCUAUAGAGUUCAGUUCAGGUCUGUUGGAGGUGAUCUCUCCUCCUGCCAGCUACUACCCUGAUCUCAAAGACCUCAAAGAGACCUUCGGAGACUCCAGAGAGAGGGUCAGAUGGAGGACCAAGCAGAAUCUGGACUAUUCCUUCCUCAUGAUGUAUGCUGUGAGCAAAGGAGUCUACUAUGUCCAGUUGGAGGAUGACAUUGUGGCCAAACCAAACUACUUUGCCACCAUGAAGAACUUUGCCCUACAGCUCUCCUCUGAGGACUGGAUGAUCCUUGAGUUCUCCCAACUCGGCUUCAUCGGUAAGAUGUUCCAGGCUCCAGAUCUCAACCUCAUAGUAGAGUUUAUCCUCAUGUUCUAUAAGGAGAAGCCCAUUGAUUGGCUACUGGACCACAUCCUCUGGGUCAAAGUGUGUAACCCAGAGAAAGACGCGAAGCACUGUGAGAGGCAGAAGUCGAGUCUGCGUGUCCGGUUCAGGCCCUCUCUUUUUCAACAUGUGGGGCUGCACUCCUCUCUGGCCGGAAAGAUCCAGAAACUCACUGAUAAGGACUUCCUGAAGCCCCUGCUCCAUAAGAUCCAUGUGAACCCGCCUGCUGAGGUGUCCACAUCUCUCAAGGUGUACCAGGGCCACACUUUGGAGAAGACCUACCUGGGAGAAGACUUCUUCUGGGCCAUCAAUCCUACUGCUGGAGACUACGUCCUCUUCAAGUUUGACAAGCCCAUCAACAUAGAGAGGUUCCUGUUCCGCAGUGGGAACCAGGAACACCCUGGAGACAGGAUAGAGAACACCACUGUAGAGAUACUGCCCUUCUCGGAAACUGGACCUAAGUCCAAAGAGAAAUACAAGCGAACUGAUGACCGCUUCUACAGAGUCGGUCAGUUUGAGAAGGGUGUGGCUGAGGGGGCUGUAGACACCUCCUUCAACCCGGUGGUGGCGCUUCGUCUCUCUGUCGUCCAAGACUCAGCUGUCUGGGCCAUCCUCAGCGAGAUUCAUAUAAAGAGGAGAGCAGGCUGACAAAAAGCGGGGGGCCACAUCAAUCCUGGCCCCCGGCCCCGGGGUGCUCGCAGACGCACCUAAAAUUGAUUGACCCCAGGGGCCUUCUGCCACCUAGCAACCAGCAGUGACAUCAUCAGAGCGCACCAGAGCCGCUCCUCUCAGGGUUUCUAAGGGCGCUGUCACUCGAUUGCUUUCUCUCUAUUUCUGCCUAUCCUUUCCUCUCUCUCUCGCUCUCUUUUUGCGUGAAUGUGAAUACUACUGUACAAAAAAGAGGCAGAUGUAAAAUAUCAGAAGUCAUUUGGUGUGUCCGGAAGAAAUCCGUUUCCAGCUCUGACUGUGGAGGUAACGCCGAUGGCUUGUGACUCGGAGAGACACACCUCAGCUGAUCUGAGAGGCUGAUGUCACCAGGACGCUGGUGUUGUACAUGCUGCUCUCUGCUCCAUGUGCUCUUCCUCUCAGCCUCUCUGAUCUGUUCCACUGAGGUAUUGCACUCACUGGAGCCAUAGUGGAGCCCCCUGCUGGUGACUGAAGUGACUGAAGAAUGGCUCCAUCAGCCUCAAAGACUUGCUUUUUGUUCUUUUCCACAGAGUUGUGUGUUUUAGGUAAACAGCAGGUAAUAAAUAGACAAACAAGUUGUCAGUCUUUCUUAUGGUGAAGAUAACUGCCUUUAUCACGUCCUUCUUUUGAAGGGGAUUACAAUGACGAUGACAAACGAAGCGGAAACUAAAUGUGGUUCCCCAUUUUUAAAGUGACAUGUCUGCCAAACUAUGCCCUGGGUAGAAGUCACCCAUAGGUGCAGAUCUUGGAUCAGCUUGCCUUGCUCAAGUCUCAACCCAAACCAUUCUGGGCAAAAUACCUGAAACUUACCUAAGAUCUGUGUCUGGGGCAGUUUCAUCCAGUGGAGGCUGCUGAGGGGAGGACGGCUCAUAAUAAUAGCCGGAACGGAGCGAAUGGAAUGGCAUCAAACACCUGGAAACCAUGUGUUUGAUGUAUUUGAUACCAUUCCACUGAUUCCACCCCAGCCAUUAUCAUGAGCCCGUCCUCCCCAAUUAAGGUGCCAUUUUUAUUAUUUUUAUUACAACGACAAUGACGACGUAUGAAGGUGAAUUAAUUUAUUUCAAAUAAAUAUUUCAUUUGUACAAGAGGUUCAAAGAAAAAUAAUAUUCAUGCCACGGUAGUUGAUGUGUUUGCAUUGCAUGUGUUCUUUUUGUUCCCGAAACGAGCUGCUUGGUAUUUCAUGUUCUUGUCCGCUGGUUGGUUGAGAUAGAGGUUGAAUCUAACUGCUGUUCCAGAGUCAGUUUUUGUAUAACAUUUCUCAGAUGGUCAAAGUUAAAAUGAAGGAGAGCUGACAUCAGAACAGGCCUUAAGCCAGAGAUCCUGGCUGAGGUUGUGCUAGAUCCAUACCCAUGUGCCUUAAAGUCCUGCUCCUCCAUAAUGAGUCCGGAGCAGAACUUCCCUUCAUUCACUCCCUUCCCUCUACCCUACAAUAGAGGAUGUUGACUCUUUUGAAGAGAUUUGAUCACGUGAUACAAGAUUUACAGAUGACAGGGGUAACGGUUCCUCCAUAACUCACCACCAAGUGUACAGUGUGACUCAUGUUUACCAUCAGCAAUGGGGGAUUCAUUCACUUCAUUACAUUUUAUUUUGAUGACUUCACUAUAUUGAAAUUAUAUAUUGAACUUAUGAUCAAAUGCUAUUUCGAACGUUGCACUGAGUUUUCAACUCACAGUUUUGAAUGCUCCAUUCUUUAGUUUUUUUGCUGUUGCUGGGCUUUCAUUUACCAUCUCCCGUUGCUUCUGUCAUUUUACACUUCUGACAUCAUCAGUGAGUUCUACCCCAUGUGAUGUCUGAUUCUGUCCAAUCAAUUCAAUUGGAGACUGCUGGCAGUGGUUAGACAGGAUGUUAAAUUUAUUCUAUGUGCCAUCUAGUUGCAGACGGAUGCAUUCGUACCAGUGGAGGCUGCUGAGGGGUAGGAUGGCUCAUAAUAAUGUCUGGAACAGAGCGAAUGGAAUGGCAUCAAACACAUAGAAACCAUGUGACACAUAGAAACCAUGUUUGAUACCAUUCCACUCAUUCCAUUUCAGCCGUUACCACGAGCCCAUCCUCCCCAAUUCAGGUGCCAUUAACCUCCUGUAAUGCUGACAGCCACGCUCCCCUAGGGGCGCAUCUUAUCUACUCUGAUUAAAGAGCAAUUUGCAUUGCUCUUUAAUGCAUAGGUAUUUUCAGGAUAGGUCAAAAUGUGUGUUUUUUUUCAUGAGAAAUGUUUAUACAAUAAGAGAUUUUAUGAAGAUUUCGUUUUUCUAUCAAAAUUCCAUCCACGUGAGAGAAGAUUGUGAUCGGUUUGAUUUGGAGUGCUAUUUUAAAUGUCAAAGAUGUGCAUGCAUGCACGCACGUCCAAUUCUAAAUCAGCCCCUACAUCACAGCACUUAAUGUUGGUCUAGUAGGGUUGGACAACUACAGUAUAAGGAACAAAUCCCAGCUAUACUGUCAGAGGGCAAGCUGGUGCCUACCCAAAUCUUUAAAUAAAAACUCUUAGGUUGGAUAAAGACAAGGGGUGGAUUUCGAAAGCGGGCCACUUUGUACCAGGUUUGCUUGUCUGUAAAUGUCCUUUAUUUAUUGUGUGAUUGAUUGGUAAACUUUUUGAAUGGAGCUGGCCCCUCCCCUGAGCCCCCUGGUCAAACCAGACCCUCUCGCUCACACCUGGGCCUUUAUUUAAAGAGCGCAACGGAUUAGAACCUUCAGAUAGAACUCUAUGCUGUAGAUCCGAUAUGAUUCUCUGUGUAGAAAUGGGAAUCGUGCCAGAUCUAUACAUUACAUUUCUAUCUGCAACGCUCUAGCGAAGGAUAUGAACCUCUUCUUAAGGUGGAGGACGGCUUGAGCAGAGGGGAACACAAACUGUGUUUCUCACUAGUUUGAAGGGGGUUACUUCCAUCCUUUUUUUGGUGCCCUUCAUCCACGCUUAUCUAAGAUCGUUUAGAAAAGCAAUAUGGAGGUAAGCCUAUUAUUGAGUCGCUUGCCUAGACCCCAGAGGUAGAUGAAAGGUAAGAGACAGACAGUCAGGCUCACCCCACCCCUGCCUGCUUCCACCUUCUCUGUUCUCCCCAUCAGGUCAUGUCGUGUGCCUUCAUCACUAUGUUAGUAUAUCUGCCUCUGAUAAUUUUGACAUGGCUUUACAUGGACAUCAUUGAAAUAAAUCAAAAUGGUUGAUACAAAUCACAUCCA